AUGGAGAAGAGGGGAGGAGAGAAGGCACAGGAGAAGCGGGGAAAGCAAAGCUCCAGCGCGCCGCUUUUCCUUCCUUCCUCCGCUCCGGCCCCGGGAAGCGAGAGCCGGCGCAUCCCAGGCGACGCCACUCACCGGUCCGUCCGGGGCGCGCGGGCCGCCCUCUUUCCGCAGCAGCCCAAGUUCAGCACUUUCUUCGCAUCCCGCAAGGCGCCAGGCCGGCGGCGGCGCGGCUGCGGCCACGAUGCUCCGGCGGCUCAAGGGGCGGCCGUCUCGCCCCGCUUUGCAGCCGCCGCGGGGGGAUCGCGCGGCGGGGAAGAGGAGGGCCCCGGGCUCGCCCGCGGGGAGCCAAGCGGGACGGGAGCGCGGGCGGAGCGGGCAGGCCGCCCUCCGUCCAGUCUGGAGGAAAAGAGAAACGCUGGCUGCCUUUGGACAGGAAAUGCAAGAAACCCGCAUCAUUUGGCCUGGCUACGGCAUUUCUGCCCCAAAGAUCUUGGCUUAUUUCUUCUAAGUCAUCAUGCUCAAAUAGUUCAGGGUGGAGAAGGUAUAUCUGAAGAUAUAUCUGGAGCCACACCAAAUAUUUUUAAAAUUGCAAGUGUAUAUGCAUACAUAGAAACACAUAGUACAGGUAAUCAUCACUUACUGACUGCAGUUGGAACUGGCAACUACAUCACUAAGCAAUGCUGUCAUAAAGUGAAAAAUUAUGUGACUGUGCCCAACUUAUGAAGGCAGUUCAUCAGUUCUGGCAGCUGCCGUUGAGCGAAUCACCACAAGUCC